AAGGCCCCUCUUUAUUGGUCGCCUCUGUCGCCUGUCUCGGGGACAUCAGGGGAGGCACGAGUUGGCCCAUAAGCCUGCGUUCGCGAGUCAUCAGUGUCGGACACGUAGUGGGAACGAGCAGGUCCCGAUGCACAAGUCACGGCAACCCUCGGCGGAGAUGAAGGCGGACUCCGACUGGCUCUGAUUUUUAAAAGCCCUUUUCAUUCAGGAGGUUGGUUGCCAGUGGUUAUCAAUAUGGCAGAGACGUCAUCCCAAGCACCCACCGCUGCAAAAAUGGCGUCACUUAACCGGGUCCGAGCUUUUGCGAUGAUUUUCUUAACUGUCACUGGCUGUUGUGUCACCCCGACAAGUGGCAAGGAAGGGUCCGAGGAGACCGUCAUCAUAGGGCUCCGACUGGAGGACACGGACGACAUUUCCUUCAUGGAUAGGGGCUACCUGCGGGUGAGUGAGCGGUCUCGGGUAAAAUUAAGGGUGUACGGGCAGAACAUCAACAACGAGACCUGGUCCAAAAUUUCUUUCACGGAACAUGAGCGCAGCCGGCCGGUAGGGAGCCUUGACAGCUCCUCGGGGGAUAACCAGAGCCAAGAGGACUGGUCCGGCUUGCAUCCCUGCGGUAUUAGGACUUCGGAUAUAAUUAUAUUGCCCAACAUCAUUCUGAAUCGGAAGACGUCCGGAGUAGUGGAAAUUGAGGUCAAACCUCUGCGAAAGACAGAGAGGAGUAAAGCGUAUUACCUUUGCAUCGCCACCGCAACACCGGCCGUAGCCGGGAUGCAUGACCUGUGGACGGAGAACACCUGGAUCUACCACGAUGGGGAUGACACCAAAGUGAUAGUGGUGGAGGAAAAAAAGUUCCUGCUGCCUUUUUGGCUCCAGGUCAUCUUCAUCUCCAUGUUGCUUUGCCUCUCGGGUAUGUUCAGCGGGUUGAACCUGGGGCUCAUGGCUCUGGACCCCAUGGAGCUCCAGAUAGUCCAGAACUGUGGCACGGAAAAGGAAAAGAAUUACGCCAAAAAAAUAGAGCCGGUCAGGAGCCAAGGGAAUUACUUGCUUUGCUCGCUUCUGCUUGGGAACGUGUUGGUGAACACCACGCUGACCAUCCUGCUGGAUGAUAUCGCCGGUUCGGGGUUGAUUGCGGUGGUCAUGUCCACCAUUGGAAUAGUCAUUUUUGGAGAAAUUGUGCCCCAGGCCAUCUGCUCCAGACACGGCCUCGCUGUCGGGGCCAACACCAUAUUCCUCACUAAGUUCUUCAUGCUGCUCACCUUCCCUGCUUCUUACCCGGUGAGCAAGCUGCUUGACUACCUUCUGGGACAAGAGAUAGGAACCGUGUACAACCGGGAGAAGCUUCUGGAGAUGCUGCGCGUCACGGACCCUUACAACGACCUGGUUAAGGAGGAGCUGAACAUCAUCCAGGGCGCGCUGGAGCUCAGGACUAAGACCGUGGAGGACGUGAUGACGCCGCUGAGAGAUUGCUUCAUGAUUCCCGGGGAUGGCACCCUCGACUUUAACACCAUGUCUGACCUCAUGAAGAGCGGCUACACGCGCAUCCCAGUCUUCGAGGGCGAGAGGUCAAACAUAGUGGAUCUGCUCUUUGUCAAGGACCUGGCGUUUGUAGACCCGGAUGAUUGCACCCCUCUCAAAACCAUCACAAAGUUUUACAGCCACCCGUUACAUUUUGUGUUCAACGACACCAAGUUGGAUGCAAUGCUGGAGGAGUUUAAAAAAGGAAAAUCCCACCUGGCCAUAGUUCAGAGGGUGAACAAUGAGGGUGAGGGAGACCCUUUCUAUGAAGUUCUGGGUAUUGUCACCCUGGAGGACGUUAUUGAAGAAAUCAUCAAGUCAGAGAUCCUGGACGAGACUGACUUAUACACUGACAACAAGACGAAGAAGAAAAUCACCCAUCGGGAAAGGAAGCAGGAUUUCUCGGCCUUCAAGCCUACCGACAAUGAAAUGAAGGUUAAAAUAUCACCUCAGCUUCUGCUGGCUACCCUGCGUUUCCUAGCAACAGAGGUAGAGCCGUUCGCACCGGUGCAAAUGUCAGAAAAGAUUCUGCUGCGCUUGCUGAAGCACCCCAACGUCAUCCAGGAGCUGAAAUAUGAUGAGAAGAACAAGCGGGCACCGGAGCACUACCUCUUCCACAGGAACAAGCCCGUGGAUUAUUUCAUCCUCAUAAUGCAGGGGAAAGUGGAGGUGGAGGCAGGAAAAGAGGGGAUGAAGUUUGAAGCGGGGCCGUUCUCCUUCUAUGGGAUGUUGGCUCUGACAGCCUCGCCAGUGCCUCUGUCCCUGUCUCGUACAUUUGUGGUCAGUAGGGCUGAAUCAUUAGCAGGAUCUCCAGAAAAUAAAUCUCCUCCACGGCCGUUUGGACUCAACCACUCAGACUCCCUGAACAGGAGUGACCGUAUAGACGCCAUCACCCCGACUCUCGGCAGCAGCAACAACCAGCUCAACUCCUUCCUGCAGAUCUACGUACCUGACUACUCAGUCAGAGCGCGCACAGACCUGCAGUUUAUAAAGCUUCCUCCGUCAACGUCCUCUUCGGUCUCUUCGCCUCUGCCAUGAUGUCCGUAGCGGCUGCUGAACCCGGUUCCGUUGCCCGCUUGCCCGGCUCUGGUUCUGGCACUACACUGGCGCCGCCAGCAUUCCCCCCCGCCCCGGGCCUGAAAGCCUCCUCCUACCAGCGGUCCAAAGCUACUGUGCUAGCGGUGUAAACAUCAACAUUCCCCCGGUGCUCUGACCUCCCAGUCCUGGCAGCACGGCUAACUGAGCUAACAGAUAGCAGCAGUUAGCGGUUAGCCUAAGUUAAAGCUUUCAGUUCAUCAGGAAAUUCCCUAAAUCACAGAGAGUCGAGGUAGAGCAGCCAGAGGAUAUCUGAGAAAACCAGAAAACAAUUCAAUCAAAAUAUUAUCCAGUUUCACAAAAGUCAGUCGUAGUGCCGUAAAGCGUUAAGCACUUCGCGGGAGAUUGUACUCGCUCGCCAAAGUUACAUAGUGCGAGAACAGGCGAUCAGGGGGCCAAAGUGGGAAUGACAGAGGCAUCAUUCUCUCUACUACAAGUCAGGGUAGCAUAAAAAUGAUUUUGAAGCCCACUCUGCAGGUCCCUUCAGCUCCACGGAUCGUUUUAGUGUCUUUCAGCUCCCAGUUUUGGUGUCAUGGUCCGCAACGUUGAUGUUUUGCUUCACUUUAUCAUCUCCUCAGUGUUGUUUCAAGGUGCAGAAGGCAGCUGUUUUCAGUGAGAAAGCUCUUAAAACAACUGUAUACUGCCUGCUCCGCAUAAAACAGCGAGCACAGUAAGCACCAAGCUGGUGAACAUAGAGGAAGAUUUAGCAGCUAAAGACACAGAUUUUUACCUCCAGAGUUAGUGGAGACUGAAAUCUGAGCUAAAAGAGAGUGAAUAUUGUAAAUGUAAGUAAUAUAAUACUUACAUACAUCAGGUGGCCCGCAUUACGACUCCAAAUGGACGCUAGUGUUGGUGCUGGAUGUGUAAACAGGUGAUAAUAACAUGGCAAUACUGUCUUUUGUUCUGCUGCCCCCAAAUGGCCAAACAACUCAAUUAAUGCUUUCUUUAAGAUUUUAAAGUUAAAGAUGUGUCCUCAUGUAGACAUCUAUUAACCUUAGUAACAUAUUUUGUGUCACUCUGAGGCAUUUGUUGUAGCAAAACUAGAGCGCUGAUUGGCUGACACCCGACAUGGUUGUCUUUGUGCCACCUCUGAAACUUUCGAGUCAAUUUAGCACUUUUCAAAACCAGAGAUUACAAAUUGCUUUCCAAGGAUAAAAUAAAGAAAUGGAAAAAAGAAAAAUAUAAAACAUACUUGUCACAUAUGCUUUUUUUUCUCAUACAUACACCAACCAGCAUGCACACAUAAAUACACACAUGCGGACAAAAGAAACAAAGGCUUGGGAUAAAAUAAAUCUAUUAUAAAUAAUAAUACAUUUGAUAAAGAUACUGAUUUUGCAGGUCUAGGGUUGUUGGGCAGGUCACUCUGGGAUGACCUGCAGGUACCUCGCAGACCAACCAGCCCAAUCAGUCCCAACCCUCUGCUGUGACCAUUUACCUCAUCAUGCCUCCAUCCUUUGUUUCCUAGGUAACACGCCAACAGUACCAGAACGCGGUAAUGGCAUCACGGAUGGACAAAACUCCCCAGUCGACAGACAGUGAGUUCACUAAGAUCGAGCUCACGCUGACGGAGCUGCAUGAUGGAGUGGAGACCCCCGCUGUCGUCACCACCACAUCCAGCACCACUAGCACCACCCCUGC